GGUACAACAAGUGACAUGGGAGGUACAACAAGUGACAUGGGAGGUACAACAAGUGACAUGGGAGGUACAACAAGUGUCAUGGGAGGUACAACAAGUGACAUGGGAGGUACAACAAGUGACAUGGGAGGUACAACAAGUGACAUGGGAGGUACAACAAGUGACAUGGGAGGUACAACAAGUGUCAUGGGAGGUACAACAAGUGUCAUGGGAGGUACAACAAGUGGCACAACAGUUGCCUUGAGUGGGAUUACACAGUCAGGUAACACAAGACCACCAGUACCAGGGGCAACACUUUACCAGCUGGAGGACAACGUGCGAGUGUGGACCUGCGACCAACCUGACUCUGUGUGGAGCAACCAGAGGAACACGCUAUUGGUCUUCCCUUGGGACACCACCUGGGACAACCCUGGGAACUGCACUGCUGGGUACAGUGACUCCCAGCCGUGCAGCACACCCGACCCUCCCCAGCAGCUGAUUGACGCCACCUUCAGGGAGACUCUCAGCAGGGAGUCAGGUGAAGUCUAUGCUCUCUACUACCAGUGUGACAAUGGCCUGGAAGUCUACCCCCCCGUUAUAGGAAUUUUGUUACUGUGCGUGGAUGGCACCUGGUUCCCUGCAAGUAAUGACUCCUGUAUCUCAGGUGAGUUAUAUAACAACCAAUAUAAAACUACAGUACUCCACCACACAACCAACACAAAACUACAGUACUCCACCACACAACAACCAACAUAAAACUCUUCCACCAUCACCAGUCCGCUCUACAAAUAUAUAUUUUUUACAAGGAUUAACCCACCCUGGCACAGAUC